CCUCCUCCCUUGUACUACUUUAGUCCCACCAAAGGGCCAGGGAAUCCAGACUGCACUGGGAGAUGAGGAGAAGCUGAGAGAAGCUCUGGGUACCACAGGCUGAAGAGCUGUAUUCUAACCAUCCAUCCACCCACCCACCUGUCUUCUUCAGGAAAGGACAAGGUUGACCGCAAGGACAUCUCUGAAAUAAGAGCUCCCCCUCUGCAGCCCACCCUCUGCCCUUGUCCCUGGCCAUGGACCGAUCCGCACAAGAGCUCUUCCUCAACUUCAUGAUUGUACUCAUCACAGUACUCCUCAUGUGGCUUCUGGUGAAGUCUUACCAAGACUGAAAUGACCAUCUUGAGUCAUCCCCGGAAUCCCCUGUGGCUGUGCUGUUGGAGAAGGAUGCCAUUUUGACUACACAAGAAUGCUUCUUCUUUGUGUUCUCUCUCUCUCUUUGUGUGGAAAUGUUUUCUCUUUUUUUACUCUAAAGCCCCCCUUGCCUAUAUGUUGCAUCUAAAUGUUCAAAUGGCUAUAAAAUGAUGUAAAUUAUUUAAUUUAUAUGCAAAGCAUGGCAUAACUUUCUUUCUCCUUAUCCUUUGUAAUUGUGCACAUACCUGAAUUGGAACCAUGAUAGUGGCUGGAAGCAUCAACGUUCACAGCUGUCUGUCUUUUAGCCACUCUUGUAUGGCUUUCAUGAGUUCAACAUUGUGUAGCAAAAUCGAUUGAGCUGGUAUGUUGAAAUCCCUCUUUUAUCUGCUCUGGUUAUUUGAAUAAAGAACUUUGUAAGACUA